AUGGGGAAGAAGUCGUCACGGCCACCAGCUUCAAAAACUGCUUCCGCAGCACAGGCCGCAGCCUCCGGGGCAACUAUCACUAGCCAAAAAUCGUCGAUUAUACGGGCUGCUUUCUCGCCGUCGGAAUAUCAAUUAGCCCUCUUUGCGUCGGUUAUUCAAGGUCUCGAUUCACAACAUCUCCGUAUCCAGGAUAUUCACACUGGUGCGUUGCAAUGCGAACACAGCAUAGCUCCCCAGGAGUCGAUUACUUCUUUGGAUUGGGGAUAUUUGGGUGGUCAGCGAGAACAAGGGUCGAAGAAGAAGAGGAAGAGAAAGUCCGAUGUCAAUGGAGUCGCUGAAGACAAGUUUGGCCGCGAGGCCGUAGUCGCUUUUGGCACGAGCUCUUCUGAUAUUCGCAUGUAUUCUCCAGCUGAGGAUAAAGUACUUUGCACUCUGAGUGGCGUGCACGAAGGAGGUAUCAAGGAUUUCAAGUUCACGGCUGGAGAGUCCACAUCUCAAGGUUGGAGUAUCGGAGGAGAUAACAGGCUUGUUCAAUGGGAUCUCACUACUCGUCAAAGCAUCAGAAUUAUAAAUAUCCCAACCAUUUCCACAGUCUCCGCGCUCUCGCGACCUCUUCUUUCUAACCCUCCAGUGAUUUGCGCCACGCAGACCCCUAUCAUCCUCGAUAUUGAAAACUCCGACGCAGGGUCGCUUACAUUCCCGUCAUUGACCAGUCCUAUCCACACUCUUAUUCCAUCAUCCACUCGUUCCGUCAAGGACGCUAAUUUCAUUGCAGCCGAUAAUGAGCGCUAUAUUACUGUAUUUGAUCCGAGAACACAGGGUAUUGCAUACAGUUUGGUUGCCGAGCAUGGAGUCUCGUCUCUGUCGUUAUCUUCUCUGAUCUCUAAGGAUAAGGAACAAGAAGAGAACUCGUCCGAGAAACAAGUCCUCGCAGCUUUGGUUGAAAAUGGCACAAUCGAGUUAUUCAAUAAACCAUUCUCUCAGUCUAUUGGACAAAAUGGGACGAAAGCCACCAGUCAAAAGGCCAGAGCGAAGCAGAUGGUCCGCAAAGCGGACGCUAUAUUGAAGAUCUUGAGACCGGAUACUGGAAAGGCCGUUUCUGCUGUUCAAGUGGGUUUCCAAGGACCCGAACUGUAUAUUGCCUGGGCUGAAGGGGGUGUGAAUGUGAUAUUCGAACGCCUGAGGUGGCAGGAUCAGGACAGUGGAGAUCUUGUGUUCUCGGGUGCUACUGAAAUAACUGGUCGCAAAUCUGCUUCAACGCUCAAAUCUGCUGCUGUGAUUGAGGGUCAACAGGCCAGUAAGUCACAUGUCAAUGAGAAUAGCACUAUCGUCGAGUCGGGACUUUAUUCAGAGGAUGUUGAGAUGAAUGAUGCACAUGUCGAAGAUGAUGCUGUGUCGAUAUCAGACGCCGAAGAUAACUCUGACGCUGAGGCUGAGAAUAAGCAAAAUCGCCAGGCUAAGAAAGCCAACAAUGUCAAUGGUGUCAACGGUACCAAUAAAGAUACGGAUAUGCAAGACACAGCUGGACAGGACGAGGACGAGGAAGAUGAGGGAGGAGAACUCACAUUCGGUGAACUAGUCCAAAGAAACUCCGCAAUCGACGUCGAGGCCGAGUUGGAAGAUCAUGCUGGCGCUGGCGCGUUAGUACCUGGACUAUCCAACAGCACCAACCAAACCAUUGCGCAGAUCCCAUCAGGCGUAUCCUUGUCAACCGUGCUUUCCCAAGCUCUCAAGACCAACGAUUCGGAAAUGCUAGAAUCCUGCUUCCGCACCUCAGACGUCAAUAUCAUUCGCACAACCGUUCAGCGAUUGAACUCCGCAUUGGCGGGAUCCUUGAUCCAACGACUCGCGGAACGAAUGGCCUCCCGGCCUGGCCGGUACGGACAUCUACUUGUUUGGGUUCAAUGGACCUGUAUUGCGCACGGAGGUGCAAUUGCCGGCAACGCCGAGAUACUCAAGCGAAUGACCUCGCUCUACAAGGUCAUGGAUCAACGUUCCCGCACUCUCCCCUCUCUACUUCUCCUCAAGGGCAAGCUUGACAUGCUCGAUGCUCAGAUUAAUCUACGACAAUCAAUGGCCGAUAGCAGAAAAUACGGCAUGGACGACGGCGGCGAAUCCUUGGAGCAUAUUACUCAUUACGCGGGUGUCAGUAACGAUGAUAGUGACGCCGAGCGACGCCGUAAGCGCAAGAAGACGUUAUCACACAUCAAAUCCAAAUCCGCGCGCGAUGGUCUCGAUGCAGAUGAAGAAGCCGAUGAAGACGAUGAAAUGGCCGACGAUGUUGCGGGAGGACUCGCAUCUGACUCGGAUGAAGAAGAAGGAAGUGAAGAAGACGCCGACGAAGACGGUGGUGACAUAAUCGAUAUCGAAGCUGAAGAAUCCCUUGACGAUGAAGAUGACGAGGAUGAUGACGAGGAUGACGAGGAUGAAGAUGAAGAGGAAGAUUCAGAUGCAGCUAGCGAUAUGCGCGAUUUCAUUGCUGAUUCGGAAGAAGAACUAUCUGAUGAUGAUCAACCAGAGAAGAUAUCCGCACCACCGCCUUCGAAGAAGUCAAAAGGGAUUCAUAAAUCGCGGCGCUAAAUUUUUCUCCUCUUUUCCUUUUCGAAUGGUGAGGUGAUUGGUUCUUUUUCUAAUAUCUAUUUGUCUUUUUUGGGUCUAAAAGUCUUUGUUAGGUAGAUUUUUCUCUGUUGUUGUCCCCGGCCCAUGUCGUCCUACAUCUCAUUGAUUGGCAUUGUUUACAUACAUACAUACAUACACUUCAUGCAUAGGUGUUUAGUGUUCAUCGAAUGCUGAGAUUUCAUUCAUGGUUU